AUGGCGGCGGCGGGCGGUGCGCGGCUGGCUGCCUUGGGCGAAAGGCUGCGGCGGGGUUUCGCUGCCGGCCGACGGGCCUGGCCGGGCCCCGGGCCCGUGGCGGCGGCAGUGGCCGGCGUGGCUGUGGCGGGAGCAGGAGCGGCGUGGUACCACGGCCGCAUGAACGUGGCGGCGCCCCAGGGCAACCUCACCGUCCUGGCUCAGAGAAGUGUGAACUCCGGAGAGAUUACAGGAAAGCCGUCUCCUCGUAAACAGCGCUUCAUGCAGUUCUCGUCCUUGGAGUAUGGCGGGGAGUACUACAUGACACCCCGGGACUUCCUCUUCUCUGUCAUGUUCGACCACAUCCAGCGUAAAAGUUCUGUCAAGAGGCUGACAGAUAAGGAUAUCGAAGAUACACUAGCAGGAAUCAAAAAAGCUGGUUGUGGAUCAACUUUUUUUAGAGACCUCGGCGAUAAAGGGCUGAUCUCCUACACUGAGUAUCUCUUCCUGCUCACGAUUCUCACCAAACCCCAUUCUGGGUUUCAUGUUGCAUUUAAAAUGCUGGAUGCAGAUGGUGACGAGAUGGUUGAGAAAAAGGAAUUUUUUAAGCUGCAGAAGAUCAUAAGUAAACAGGAUGACUUGAAGACAGCAAUAACCAGUGAAACGGAAUGCCAGGAACAAACAGUGCAAGAACCUGAAAUUGACACAACACUUCAGAUACGUUUCUUUGGAAAAAGAGGAGAAAGGAAACUUCAUUACAAAGAAUUUCGAAGGUUUAUGGAAAACUUACAGGCGGAAGUCCAAGAAAUGGAGUUCCUUCAGUUCUCUAAAGGUUUGAGUUUCAUGAGAAAAGAAGACUUUGCAGAAUGGCUCCUUUUUUUCACUAACACUGAAAAUAAAGAUGUUUAUUGGAAAAAUGUGAGAGAGAAGCUGUCAGCAGGAGAGAGCAUUAGUUUGGAAGAGUUCAAGUCAUUUUGUCAUUUUGCAACCCACCUGGAAGACUUCGCUAUUGCCAUGCAGAUGUUUAGUUUAGCUCAUCGUCCUGUCAGACUAGCGGAGUUCAAGAGAGCAGUCAAAGUAGCAACAGGACAGGAGCUGUCCAACAACAUUCUGGACACCGUCUUCAAGAUCUUUGAUUUAGAUGGUGAUGAGUGUCUGAGUCAUGAAGAGUUUCUUGGGGUGUUAAAAAACAGGAUGCAUCGAGGUUUAUGGGUGCCACAGCAGCUCGGCAUACAAGAAUACUGGAAAUGUGUGAAGAAAGAAAGCAUUAAAGGAGUAAAAGAAGUCUGGAAACAAGCAGGAAAAGAUCUUUAA